AUGAGAAUUUCAUUCCUUCUCUGUUACUACUGCAUAUAUAUCACUCAUGCCUCAGCCAUAUGUCUUGAGGAUCAACAAUCAUUGUUGCUCCAAUUCAAAAAAAAUCUCACAUUUCAUCCUGAAGGUUCUACCAAACUAAUAUUGUGGAAUAAAACCACUGCUUGCUGCAAUUGGAGUGGUGUAACUUGUGACAAUGAGGGACAUGUUAUUGGCCUUGACCUUAGUGACGAAGAUAUCCAUGGUGGAUUUAACGAUUCAAGCAGUCUUUUCAAUCUCCUACAUCUCAAAAAACUGAACUUGGCUUAUAACAAUUUCAAUUCUCUAAUUCCAUCAGGAUUCAGCAAAUUGGAGAAGUUGACUUAUCUGAAUUUGUCAAAGGCUAGCUUUGUGGGGCAGAUUCCAAUUGAGAUUUCACAACUUACAAGGUUGGUUACUCUUGAUCUCUCUUUUGAUGUCGUUCGCACGAAACCUAAUAUCCCAAAUUUACAAAAGUUUAUCCAAAAUCUCACCAAUAUUAGGCAACUGUAUCUAGAUGGUAUAACUAUAACAUCUCAGAGACAUAAAUGGAGCAAUGCUUUGAUACCUUUGCGUGACCUACAAGAAUUGAGCAUGUCUAAUUGUGAUUUGUCAGGAUCCCUUGAUUCUUCCCUAUCAAGACUACAGAACCUGUCAGUCAUUAUUCUUUAUCGAAACAAUUUUUCAUCCUCAUUGCCAGAAACAUUUGCCAAUUUUAAAAACCUAACCACCCUCAAUCUUCGAAAGUGUGGAUUGAUCGGUACAUUUCCACAAAAGAUCUUCCAAAUUAGGACACUGUCAGUUAUUGACUUAUCUGGCAACCCCAAUCUCCAAGUUUUUUUUCCAGACUACUCACUUAGUGAAUCUCUUCAUAGCAUUAUAUUGCGUAACACAAGCUUCUCUGGACCACUUCCACACAACAUCGGUAACAUGACAAACUUAUUGGAAUUGGAUCUUUCUUACUGUCAACUAUAUGGAACACUUCCCAAUUCACUGUCAAACCUCACACAACUUAUAUGGCUAGACCUUUCUCAUAAUGAUUUAAGUGGUGUAAUUCCAUCAUACCUUUUUACACUCCCAUCAUUGGAGGAGAUUUAUCUUGCAUCCAACCAGUUUAGUAAAUUUGACGAAUUCAUAAAUGUGUCUUCCAAUGUGAUGGAAUUCCUUGAUUUAAGUAGCAAUAAUCUAUCAGGGCCUUUUCCAACAUCUAUCUUCCAGCUCCGUUCACUUUCUUUCCUCUAUCUUUCCUCUAAUAGGUUGAAUGGGUCACUACAACUAGAUGAGCUUUUGAAGCUUAGUAAUUUAUUAGGACUAGACCUUUCAUACAACAACAUAUCAAUAAAUGAGAAUGAUGCAAAUGCUGACCAGACUGCCUUUCCCAAUUUUGAACUUCUUUAUUUAUCAUCCUGCAACUUGAAAACUUUCCCUAGAUUCUUGAGAAAUCAAUCAACAUUGCUAUCUCUAGACCUUUCACAUAACCAAAUUCAAGGAGCAGUGCCCAAUUGGAUUUGGAAACUACAGAGUCUUCAACAACUUAAUAUUUCACACAAUUUUCUCACAGAAUUGGAAGGUUCUUUGCAAAAUCUUACUUCCAUUUGGGUAUUAGACCUUCAUAACAACCAAAUUCAAGGAACAAUACCUGUUUUUCCUGAAUUUAUUCAGUAUUUGGAUUACUCAACCAAUAAAUUCUCUGUUAUCCCACAUGAUAUUGGUAAUUACUUGUCUUCCAUAUUGUAUCUAUCUCUUUCAAAUAAUAAUUUACAUGGAACCAUCCCUCAUUCCCUCUUCAAAGCUUCAAAUCUUCAAGUGCUUGAUAUUUCCUUCAACAACAUUUCUGGAACAAUUCCUCCAUGUUUAAUCACAAUGACUAGUACCCUUCAGGCAUUAAAUUUGAGGAAUAACAAUCUAAAUAGCUCCAUACCAGAUAUGUUUCCAACUUCUUGUGUUGCAAGCUCUUUGAACUUCCAUGGAAAUCUCUUACAUGGGCCAAUUCCCAAGUCCCUCUCCCACUGCUCAUCGUUAAAGCUAUUGGACAUUGGAUCAAAUCAAAUAGUUGGUGGUUUUCCAUGCUUCGUGAAGAAUAUACCAACACUUAGUGUAUUGGUUUUGCGGAACAACAAACUUCAUGGUUCCAUAGAAUGUUCACAUCAUUCACUAGAAAAUAAGCCUUGGAAAAUGAUUCAAAUUGUGGACAUUGCUUUCAACAAUUUCAACGGAAAACUACAAGAAAAAUACUUUGCAACAUGGGAAAAAAUGAAGAAUGAUGAAAACAAUGUUCUAUCAGACUUUAUCCACACGGGGGAAAGGACAGACUACACAUAUUAUCAGGAUAGUGUGACAAUUUCUACUAAAGGUCAAGUGAUGCAGUUGCUUAAAAUUUUAACAAUCUUUACAGCCAUUGAUUUCUCAUCAAAUCAUUUCGAAGGACCAAUACCACAUGUGUUGAUGGAAUUCAAAGCAAUCCAUUUUCUCAACUUUUCGAACAAUGGUUUCUAUGGUGAAAUUCCAUCAACUAUUGCAAACCUGAAACAACUAGAGUCCUUGGACCUCUCAAAUAACUCUUUGGUUGGUGAAAUUCCGGUGCAACUUGCAAGUUUGUCAUUCCUUUCUUAUUUGAACCUAUCCCUCAAUCAUUUGGUGGGGAAGAUUCCAACAGGUACCCAACUUCAGUCAUUUGAAGCAUCUUCGUUUAGAGGUAAUGAUGGACUAUAUGGUCCUCCGCUGAAUGCAACACUAUACUGUAAAAAGCAGGAUGAACUGCACCCACAACCAGCAUGUGAGAGGUUUGCUUGUUCAAUUGAACGGAAUUUUUUAAGUGUGGAAUUGGGAUUUAUUUUUGGACUUGGAAUCAUCGUUGGUCCCCUCUUGUUUUGGAAGAAAUGGAGAGUAAGUUAUUGGAAACUCGUAGACAAAAUUCUAUGUUUGAUUUUCCGGAGGAUGCAUUUUGAAUAUGUAACUGAUAGAGGACAGACAUACAGAAUUUUAAGGUGGUGA